CGCCUUCUUCUUCUCCUUCUUCUUCUUCUUCCAAGGCGCGGAGGAGGAGGAGGAGGAGGAGGAGGGAGAGGUGCAUGGCUGGGCGGGAGGCGCGAGGAGGCGCCGCGAGCCCUUCCGCCGCAGAGUCAGUCGCAGAGGCAGGCAGAGGGACUGGAGAAACAAAUAAGGAUGGAUCAGUUUCCAAAAGGCUUCUAGAAGAAAAGAACAGUUUUCACUAAUACAGAUUAACGCAUCGACACUACAAUGGUUUGGAAAUGACACUGCAGUGUUUUAUUGUGCUGCUGGUGAAGCAGCAUUACAUGGACUAGACUGGCUUCCAGGCAACAAAUAACACUUAGAUCCUUAUCGCUGGCCAGAUAUAAACCAGUGUGAUGUUGAAAUGAGAUGAGGCUCCGAAAUGGAACUGUGGCCACUGCAUUAUUUUUCAUCACAUCUUUCCUCAGUUUGUCCUGGUACACAGCAUGGCAGAAUGGGAAAGAAAAACUGAUCGCUUAUCAAAGGGAAUUUCAUGCUUUGAAGGAACGUCUUCGGAUAGCUGAGCACCGAACCCUGCAGCGUUCCUCUGAAUUAAAUACCAUCUUGGAGCAGUUCAGGCGGGCCGUGGCGGAAACAAAUGGCAGCAAGGAUGCGCUGAGCAGUGUUUCAGAUGAAACCUUAAAAUUGUUAAAGGAGCUAACAAGCAGAAAAGCUCUUCAAGUGCCAAAUAUAUAUUACCACUUGCCUCAUUUGUUGAAAAAUGAAGGAAGCCUUCGACCUUCAGUGCAGGUUGGCCUUGGACGAACAGGAGUUUCUAUAGUAAUGGGAAUCCCUACAGUCAAGAGAAAAGUAAAGUCUUACCUUACAGAAACACUUCACUCACUGAUUGAUAAGCUUUCACCAGAAGAGAAGCUAGAUACGGUUAUGAUCGUCUUCAUAGGAGAGACAGAUCUUGACUAUGUAAAUGGUGUCGUAGCAAGCCUAGAAAAAGAGUUUUCUACAGAAAUCAGCUCUGGCUUAGUGGAAGUGAUAGCCCCACCUGCAUCCUACUAUCCCGAUUUGACAAAUCUCAAAGAGACUUUUGGAGAUUCAAAAGAAAGAGUGAGAUGGCGAACAAAGCAAAAUCUGGAUUAUUGUUUCCUCAUGAUGUAUGCUCAGAAAAAGGGUGUUUACUACAUCCAGCUUGAGGAUGACAUCGUUGUCAAGCAGAAUUACUUCAGCACAAUAAAAAAUUUUGCACUUCAGUUGUCAUCUGAAGAUUGGAUGAUUCUAGAAUUUUCUCAGCUUGGAUUCAUUGGUAAAAUGUUUCAGUCUCCAGAUAUUACGCUCAUUGUAGAGUUCAUAUUUAUGUUUUAUAAAGAGAAACCUAUUGACUGGCUCUUGGAUCACAUUCUUUGGGUGAAAGUUUGCAACCCUGAGAAGGAUGCAAAACAUUGUGAUCGGCAAAAAUCAAAUCUCCGAAUACGCUUCCGACCUUCACUUUUCCAACACGUGGGUCUACACUCCUCUCUCGCAGGAAAGAUUCAAAAACUCACUGAUAAAGAUUUCCUGAAACCAUUAUUGCAUAAAAUUCAUGUGAAUCCACCGGCAGAAGUGUCUACGACAUUAAAGGUCUAUCAAGGACAUGCUCUUGAAAAAGCCUACAUGGGCGAAGACUUUUUCUGGGCUGUUACACCGGUUGCUGGAGAUUAUAUUCUAUUUAAAUUUGAUAAACCUGUCAAUGUAGAAAGAUACCUGUUUCACAGUGGCAACCCAGAACAUCCAGGAGAUGUAUUUAUCAAUACAACUGUGGAAGUGUUGCCUUUUAAGACUGAAGAGCUUGAGUUAAGCAAAGAAACCAAAGAGAAGCGAUUAGAAGAUGGAUAUUUCAGAAUAGGCAAGUUUGAAAAUGGUAGAGCGGAAGGAGCAGUUGAUCCCAGUUUAAACCCGAUUGCAGCUGUCCGUCUCUUAGUCAUACAGAACUCCUCUGUCUGGGCAAUUCUAAAUGAGAUUCAUAUUAAAAAGAUCCCCAACUGAUAACCAACGAAGGAGAAGAAAGAAGAAUUUUUAUGACUGGGGAAAAAAUCUACAAAAUCAUACGAACAGCAGAGUGAAGACAGUGAGCAUGCACCUUAUUUCCAACGAAUUUUUCACUGAAACUCUACCUCCUGUGAAAUCUACUGUAGAUGAGAAGACUGACCCAGCAAAAAGAGCUUUGGUGGUCUAAAAACAGUUUCUCAGCUGGUAUUCCGUAUUUAUCUAGAUCCAUGGUUUCUCCAUCCGAACAUGACUUUGUUGCCUAAGGAUCACUGCAAUCUUGUCAACCUAUCCAGCUGUGAUAGGACUUACUAUGUAAAAGUUGUACAUAUUGUUACAUUCCUUAAAGAUGAGAAUAUAUAUAUAUAUAUAUAUAUAUAUAUAUAUAGUUGUUUAAAUACAUUUUAUGAAGGGGGUACUUUUUGAAGGUCCAUUUAUUUUGCUAAUGCAAACCCUCUUUUAUAGAUGAUCAGGGAUAUAUAUUCAAAACCAUUAGGGGUAUUUAAUUUAUUAAAUGAUUUAAAAAGUACAUAUUUUUAUGCAGGUAAUAACUUGAUGCCGUUUUUUAAAAAAACGAAUGACCUUGCUUCUUGAGUUAACUCUACAUUUUGCUUUGAUAAUGAAAUAACCAUAUUUUGUAAUAUACUGCCAUGACUAGAAUUGUUUGAGUUUGCAAAUGAAGCACUUUUGUUACCACACAAAGGACACAGUCCAUUCAAAAGCUUUUGUGUGCAAUCCUCAUUGACGCCAAUGGGCCCUAAGUCUAGGAUAGGUUGCUUAAAGACAUAAUAAGCAAGGUGUGUGCAAGGACUUUGAAGAACAUUGCCUGUGAAAUAUCAAAAAGUUUAAUAUUCACAUAUUGGAGAACUUUCUACUUCAGUAGGGUGUAUGACAUCUGCAGUGAUCUUAGAUUUGAUUGAUUACAGGGGGAUUUUGAUACGUUAAAUCAUUGCUGAGUUUUCUGAAAUGUUGCCAAGUUAGUUCCUCUGGAAAGAAAAGCAUGUCUGCCUGUUUUCAUUUUGCUUUGUGACUCCUUUUGUAUGAUCUCUAUUCAGUAUUUUGGAACAAUUUACCAAUGAUUGUUUUUUUUAGGGAUUGUAAUGGGAAAAAUAGGACAGAAGCAUAUUGGCUGAGCUGUUUUUAAAAUUUUGAUUAUCACCUCUUUAUAUGUUUAAAUGAAUUCCUUUUUCCUUUAAGAGGCUCACUUCCUGCUUAAAACAUUGCACUCUAAUUGAUUGUCCCUAGAGAGCUUAUAUGAGCCUAAUGUUUGUCACCUUCUGAAUUUUUUCCAAGGAAUAAAAAUGUCAGUAGCUUUGGGGAGAGGCAAUUCGAGCACUUUGUGCCAUGGAGCACAGUAGACAUGCAAUAACUAAGCUAGUAAUACAAACCCAAUUCUUAUUAUUUUCUUAACCCCACCAAGUUAUGGAAAGCUAAGCUUUUAAACCGCACCUGCACUUCAAUCACAUGUGGUAAAUUUUUACUCAAAUUAUUGUAGCUUGUGUCAUGAGAUAAUUCUUAGAUACUUCUGUGUCUUGGAUGUAAACUUUUGCCAAAAAGUAUCUGUCUUGCCUUUGCUUGACAGUCACAAUCAUGCAGUAGUAAUGAUAGUGUGACUGAUUAGGUGUUUGCCUUUUUUGCUGUCAUUAGACUCCUUAUCAAGAAGUAGGUGAAGUAAUGUGGUCAGGCAUCAGAUAGUCCAAGAUGUUUCCACAAUGGACUUUGAUUCUCCUAAAAUUAGAUAGGACAUAUAGAUUUUAACAAAAAUGAUCAGAACUCGACUAAACCAGUAGAAACUGGAUUGUGGUUGGUGGGCCACUGGAAAAGUAAAUUAAUUUUUUUAAGGAAAAGGUAUUAAAAUAUUAUUAUGGUAUUGCGGGAAAAAUCAUUAAAAGAAAAUAGAAAGCGCUUUCUCUAAUUAAAAUGAAUUAAAUAGAAAUCUCCCCUAAUUAUGGUAACAAAGCCUUGGUGUGACAAGACAGAGCUCAAUUAUUGACACUACUUAACAUGUAACUUCAAGCAGUGUUUUUAAAAUAGCUGUUUCAGAUGUUUAUUGAUGAAGAGGUGCCCAGAUCAACUUUGGUGCUAAAAUGCUUCUCGUAAAAAUUAGGAUCUUAAAAGCUGCCACCUUUGAUUCCUUCUUCCCUCCCACUUACAAACCAGCUCCUGUUAUUUCAGUCAUUUACUUGCAGGCCAGGUGUAUUUAUCCUCUUCCCCUCCCUGUAAUUAUACUUAGACACAAUAAGCCUCAAAAAUAAUUUCUUCCUCUACCAGAGGAAUCAAACAGAUUUGUGCUUUACUUGAAUUAUGGUAGUUGCCAAGGUUUGAAUAUGUUAGCCUUAACAGUGACAGACAACUGGAUGGCUUUUGGGAGUUCCUCUUAGACUUUUCCUAGGAAAUAAAUUUAAUAACGGAGUAGUUGAUCAUCCAUAGUAACUGGCUUACUGCUUUUUUUAAAAUGUUAGAAAUUCCCUAUUCUCUUUCUCAGCCAGUGCUUUGCUGUUGUGUUCCUGUUCUUACUUUGGUGGAAUUUGCAAAUUCAGUGCUGCAGCCAGCAUUUCUCUGACACUCCAUUUUUCCAUCAACCAUUUAAAAUGCUUACUGUCUUUUUUUUUUAGUUUCGAGCGAGAUUUUAACUUUUGUUAAUCUUACUGCUAUAUUUGAAAACUUAAUUGGAUCAUGUUAACUGUGCCUUUCAUCAAUGUGCUAUGUGCCACAGCUGCCCAUGUAAUAUUUGAAAUAAAUAUUUUAAAAAUG